GUGAUUACGUGUUGAUGUUAGCUAGUGGAAGCUAGCUCAUGAAACAAGGCUAGCUCAGCUAGUAGCUAGUCUACUAAACGGUUAAAAUUAUAGCCGUGACAUUAUUGAUAAUAGGUUUAUAUUUGUGAAUCAAACACGAGGGUUGUCUUUCAAUUCGUUUUUCGUUAUAAUGAAAUGGGCUUCAGUAAAACAUGUUCACUUUGACUAACUACAUAGUCUGCCAGCUUAUUAGUACGGUAAGAUAACCACUGUCUAGCUAACAUUACUAGGCUAGCAGCUGAGGCUGUGUUGUUAUAGCAAGCUUCGCGAGGAAGCUAACCGUCUAGUUUGCUAAUCGGGUUUGCCUGACAGUACUGUACUCAUUGUAUUGCCAACCAGGAUUUCCGAAAUCAAAUGUCGUUUAUCUGAUCAAUCGAAAUGAUCUGAAUUGUUUGGGUGUCGGAAAUUGCAGCACAGAAGGUGGAACAGAAUGGAAGUGAAAGUUCACUUCUUACACAUUGCUACACAGAAACACUUCUUUUUGACCUAAUAAGCAAGGGACCCUGAACUUGUGCAAGGACUCGCAUUGAGGGGUAGAGUGCCCUUUGAAGAAGCAAAACACAUUUUGAAAGAGGAACCAAACACAAUGUUUGCUAAGCUGAAAAAGAAGAUUGCUGAGGAGGCAGCCACAGCUCCCAGGACUGGAGUCCGCAUUCCCCGUUCCAUCAGCAAAGAGUCGAUUACCUCUGUAGGGGCAGAUUCUGGGGAUGACUUUGCUUCUGAUGGCAGUAGCUCACGGGAUGACCUCUCCUCCCAGAUCCUCAGGAGGAACGAUCAGAUUCGCAAGCUGGAGGCCAAGUUAUCAGACUACGCUGAGCAGCUCCGACUCAUGCAGAAGACCAAGGACAAGCUUGAAAUUGCAUUAGAAAAACACCAGGAUUCAUCUAUGAAGAAACUACAAGAACAGAAUGAAUCUCACCAGGCCAGUAGAGCCAAAAUGGCGGAAGGAAUGGCAUUAGCCCUGGAGAAAAAAGAUCAGGAAUGGAUGGAGAGGAUGGAAGUGCUGGAGAAGGAGAAGGCCUCUCUGGCCGGGCGCCUGGACGAGAUGAUGGAGCAGAGCCUCAGUCUGUUCCAGAAGAGAGACGACCUGGACGAACUGGAGGGCUUCCAGCAGCAGGAGCUCGCUAAAGUCAAACACAUGUUACUGAGAAAGGAGGAGCAGCUGAGCCAACGGGAGCGGGAGCUCCAGCAGAGAGAGGCUGAGCUGAAGACGGCUAAGAAAGGGCUGGCUGAAGCCCAGGAGAAGCUGCACGCUCUGACCGAGGAGCAUGAGGAAACGUGCAGGCUUAACACGGAGCUGGAGGCCGAAAGGGAGGAACUCCUGGAGGUCAGAGAGGAGGCUGAGAAGAAAAUCACAGAGCUAGAGGAGAGGGGCCAGCACCUACAGAAGGUCAUCCAGCAGGUCUCGGAAGACUUCCAGAAGUCGCGGACCUCAGCUACAGCCUUGGAGAGGCGUCUCCACAUCCUGCAGGCAGAACACGAUGCCCUGAAGCUACACCAACAGAAGGCUGCAGUGACGGAGGAGGAUAAGGAGCGCAUGCUGUCGGACCUCCAGGAGAAGGUCUCGUCCCUUGAGAGGCGUCUCCAGGGCGACCUGAGCCAGGACGACCACAUGCAGGAGCUGCUCAAGGAGAAGUGUGCUCUGGAGCAGAGGAUGGAGGAGACCCGAGUGGAGCUGUUGGAGGCGCGUACCAACCACGCUGACACAGUCAGCUCGCUGGAGGCUCAGGUGUCCAGGAUCAACAACAACGUGGCGGAGCUGCAGACGCUCCUGCGACACAAAGACGACGCCUCCAAGUCCUACCGGGAACGGACAGAUGCCCAGAUAGCGGGUCUGGAACAGCAGGCGCUGGAGUGCAACGAGAGGCUCAAGAGCGCCGAUCAGCAGAUCGCCGACAAGCAAGCAUGUCUGGACAAACUGCAGGCGGAGUGGAGUGCGGAGCGGGAGAGCCUGCAGCAGGAAGUGUCUGCAGAGCUGCAGCAGGGCCGGGAGGCUGCAGGAGUGCUGCAGGAGCAGCUCUCCGCUCUGCAGGCGCAGAGAGACGCGGAGCUCUCUUCUGCCCAGAGCAGGAUCAGUGAGUUGGAGCUGGAGAGGUCCUCCCUGCUCCGGGCGAGCGAGGAGGCCGACGCCACCCUGAGGAAACGGACAGACGAGCUGGAGCAGGCCAGGGCGGAGCUGGGCAGCAGACAGACAGUGAGCGUGGAGAUCGCCAAGGCUCUAGAGGACACCAGGAGACAGAAGGAGGAGCUCCAACUACAGGUAGGGGAGAUGACUGCAUCUCUUCAGACCACAGAACAGGAGCUGAAGCAAGUCAAUGAGCAGCUGCAACAGAAAGAGGAAGAACUCCAAAUGCUCCGCAGUGAUCUCCAGUCAGCCCAGAGCUCUCUGUCCCGAGUCCAGGAAGAGAUGGAGAGUGUGCGGGUGCAGGCGGAGGAGAGGGAGGUGGAGAAGGACAGCCAGUUGGCCGGUCUGAGGCACCAGGUCCUUACCCAGACCCUGCAGCUGGACUCCUGCCAGUCACGGGUAUCUGACCUGGAGGUGGAGGUGGACACCCUGACUGGGCAGCUGCAGGCUCCGGACGUUUCUGAACCCGACCAGAACGGGGUGGUUACCGUGGACGACUUGGACCACAUGCAGAAGGUCAACAAAGAGCUGGAACAGCAACUCGGCGAGAAGAACAAGACCAUAAAGCAGCUGCAGCAGAGGCUAGCAGAACUGAAGAGGACCUUGCAGAAGGAGCUGAAGCUCAAACCUGAUCCAGAGACUGAGGGAAAGGAGAAGGCCCAGGAGGGACGGACAGAGAGGCUGGAGAGGGCAGAGAGGGCCUGCCAGGAGCCCCUAUCAUCCUCCACCACAGGCCUGUCCCUGGGCCCAGGCCUGACCACUUCCAACACCACUGUCACCAACACCUCAGACCUCAACGACUCCAGAGAGAUCAACUUCGAGUACCUCAAACAUGUGGUCCUCAAGUUCAUGUCGUCCAGAGAGGCGGAGGCGUUUCAGCUCAUCAGAGCCGUGUCGGUGCUGUUGAACUUCAGUCGUGAGGAGGAGGACAUGCUCAAACAGACUCUGGAAUACAAGAUGUCCUGGUUUGGAUCCAAGCCGUCUCCAAAAGGCAGUGUUCGGCCGUCCAUUUCAGGAGCACCUGCUCACUGGACCUAAGAGGGAAGAGGAGGCUAGAGACAUGGAAAGGAAGGACAAAGACAAGUUCACCUACAACAUGUCCUCCUUGCAUGUCUACCAUCACUGUGGCAACUAAAGAAGGCACCACCCAAGCUUUAAAACGGUCUCUGACAGACUCCGAUGUAGCUCUGUAACUUUUCCUCGAAGGACUGCUCUUGAAGGACCGAGAAGGCCUUUGAAAGAACUCUGUAUGGCUUGAUUCUGACAACUGAAAGUCUUGCUUGAUACUCAGUCAUUUUUACUUUUCAAGGGGAUUUUAGGAAUUGGUUAAAGGCAGACUUGACUUUCACUUGCUUAUGUUGACCUGGAGUGUAACCUACUUUUUGUCUGAAAUUAGGUUCUGACAAGUUUUGCUCUGUUCUAGACACGGUGCUGGUGUGUGUCAAUUUCCUGCUCUGCUUUUACCAUGGUGAGAGAGCUCCACCAGGCUCUGGGUCAAACAUGGGGCCUGGCAGAAUUGACGGUUUCUCUCUUCGUGUGUUCCGCUGUCUUUUGAUUUCUUUGUCUUUCGUUUGGACAUCAGAAAAUGGUAAUUACUGCCAAUGACUGCCUGUGGUAUGUGGUUGGGAAAGGGAUUUGUGAAUGAUGAGAGCAUGAUGAUAACCCUUACAGACGCUUCAAUUCAUCCUCUCUAUAGCUGAAUGGCAAUGUCCCUGCUUUCUGAAAGA